AUGACUCUUCACAUCCUCAUCUCUUCAACGCGUUUUGACCGUAAACCCACCCUCAGCUGCGUUUGGCGACGUCGAGCAGAGCAUCACAACUCCGGCUUCAAAUGUUUAGGCGCUUUGGGUUACAACGACACAAGCACCGUCCAGAACCGGUCGGCGCUUCUUGGUUCGGGAAAACCCUCCACACCAUCCAGCAAGUUCUCGAAGACAGCAUUUAAACCUCAGAGGCGACCAUAUUUCAAGGAUCAAAUCAUUCCGCUUUCCUUUCUAGCCUCCAGUCUAGAGCAAGAGCGCAUCUACCAAAUCCAUUUAGAAAGUUGGUCAUAUUUAAAACACCGAAUUGGUAACUCAUAG